CCAACAGCAAAAGAAACAGAGCCUCAUUCUUCUCUUUUGUUUGCCACCAUAAUACGGUGCCGUUUGUGUUCAUUCAUCCCCCUUUCAACAACAACCAUCAUUAAUUACGGUCAUGUACGGCGCGUGUUAUUAAUUAUCACAUAAUCCAUCAAAUUCAAAAUUCUUUACUUCAAAUGAAACACUAACCACUAUUCAGUUUCACCCUCAUCCUCAUGACACUCCAUCCACACCUUCCCCCCAUUUUUCUUUUUCUCUUUUCUUUUUAUUUUUAUGUUUUCCUCCUCACACUCGCACAGUUUCCGCCGCCGGCCGCCGCGCAGCUCCCCAACGCGCUGACGCCGCCGCCGCCGGGCAACUUCUCGCGGCUGAAGUUCGACAAGUCGAUGGCCAUCGUGCUGGUGAUCCUGGUGGCGGUGUUCUUCGUCCUGGGAUUCCUGUCCGUGUACACGCGGCAGUGCGGCGAGCGAAGGAGCUUCGACCUCUCCCUCCCGAUGACGCGGCGCCACCGCGGCCUCGACCGCCAAAUCCUGGACACGUUCCCGACCUUCGUCUACUCCGCCGUGAAGAGCCUGAAGAUAGGGCGCGCCACGCUGGAAUGCGCGGUGUGUCUGAACGAGUUCGAGGAGGACGAAACGCUGCGUUUGAUCCCCAAGUGCAGCCACGUGUUCCACGCCGACUGCAUCGACGCCUGGCUCGCCACGCACUCCACGUGUCCCGUGUGCCGCGCCAACCUCGUGCCCAAACCCGACGACCCCUCCUUUCACUUACCCGAUCUAGAGCAGCCCCAAUUAAAUAGCCCGACCCGACCCGACGAGGACACGGGGAUUGCACCUGCGACUGCGCGUCCGCUUUCGGUUUCUCCGAAGGUGACUCCGCGGUCAAGGUCAACGGGUUUGAGGAUCGCGAGUUGGUUUCCGCGGUCUCACUCGACGGGUCACUCGCUGAUUCAACCCGGGGAGAAUUGCGAGCGGUUCACGCUGCGUUUGCCGCAGGAGGUGCGGAACCAGCUCGUGAAUUCGACGCUGAGUCGCACCACGAGUUGCGGCGUGGACGUGAGGUUCACGCGCGAGAGUAGCGCGAGGAGGGGUUACAGGACAAGAAGUGUGGGGAACAGCCUUAGUCCUCUCGUGAGAGGUGGGUUUUCUCGGACGCGGUCGCCGAAGGAUGAUGUCGGAGAACGAUCUUGGAAUCGGUUAUUCUCGGGGACAAGGGGUAGUGAGGAAUAGAUUGUUUGUUUUGGGUCAACGAUUGUGAUGAUAUGAUAUCAUUACUUCACUCUGCCUUUUAUUUUACCAACCACUGCAGUGCACAUGUAAUUACUCUUCUUUUACAUACAUUUAUUUGUAUGCUUCUGCAUUUUAAAGUUUCCAAUUUUUUUGAGUGUUCUGUGUGGAACAAGGGAGACAUAGGAUUUUGUAAACGUGAAUAAAUAUAAAAAUGAAUAAUUCAAACAUUUCCU